UUUCAAGAAGAAUUCAAUCUUUGUUCUUCACAGAGACCCGGGAGAAGGACAACAACAAGAAUGAGUGAGUCUCUGGUAAAUACACCACAGGGUCUGUUAACCUUCAAGGACGUGGCCUUGGACUUCUCACUGGAGGAAUGGGAAUNUCUCAGUUUUGCUCAGAGGACAUUGUACAUGGAUGUGAUGUUGGAGAAUUACAAUAAUCUGUUGUUUGUGGAAAAUCAUUGUAUAUGUGGAAAGUAUGAGAAGGUCUUGGAUCAAGAUAGCCAGUACAUUGUCCAUGAGCACAUGAAUAUUCAAGAGAAGUCUUCUAAAUGGAACAAGCUUAGCAGUGUGAUUCUUGAAGCCCCCCAGUGUACACCUUACAAAACUAAUCACAGCUCUGAUGCUCUUCAAUUCUCGAACCAAAAAAGACUUAAGCCCAGGAACACUAAAAAAGUUUGCAAAUACAAUGACGCUGUAAACAGUGUGAGUUUGUUUUCUACCAUUAGUCUCAAUCAAGGAAUCCACAUGCAGAAGAAAAAACACAACCGAAAUGCAGACUCUGAGAAGGUUUCUGUUUGUAAACAUAAAGUCAUGGUGAAACGAAACAAUACUGGAGUGAACCCUUACAAGUGCAGUGAAUUUGACAAAUAUCUUACCCAGAGAGACAAACUUCAAAGUCAGCAGAGAAUUUAUCAUGAAAAGAAACCUUACAGAAGUAGUAAAAGUGACAAAUGUUUUACCCAUCAAUUCCAUCUUAGUAUCCAUCAGGGAAUUCAUGCAGAAGAAAAAUUUUAUAAAUGUAGUGAAUGUAACAAAUGCUUUACCCAAAAAUUUCAUCUUAAUAUUCAUCAGAGAAUUCAUACGGGAGAGAAACCUUACAAAUGUAGUGAAUGUGACAAAUGCUUUACCCAAAAAUCUCAUCUUAAUAUUCAUCAGAGAAUUCAUACAGGAGAGAAACCUUACAAAUGCAGUGUAUGUGAGAAAUGCUUUACUGAAAAAGGCAAUCUGAGAAUUCAUCAGAGAAUUCAUACAGGAGAGAAACCUUACAAAUGCAGUGAAUGUGACAAAUGCUUUACCCAAANAUCCCAUCUUAAUAUUCAUCAGAGAAUUCAUACAGGAGAGAAACCUUACAAAUGUAGUGAAUGUGACAAAUCCUUUACUGAAAAUGGCCAUCUGAGAAUUCAUCAGAGAAAUCAUACAGGUGAGAAACCUUACAAAUGUAGUGAAUGUGACAAAUCCUUUACUGAAAAUGGCCGUCUGAGAAUUCAUCUGAGAAUUCAUACAGGAGAGAAACCUUACAAAUGCAGUGAAUGUGACAAAUGCUUUACUAAAAAAUUCAGUUUGAGGAUUCAUCAGAGAAUUCAUACAGGAGAGAAACCUUACAAAUGCAGUGAAUGUGACAAAUCCUUUACUUUCAAAGGCAGUCUGAGGAUUCAUCAGAGAACUCAUACAGGAGAGAAACCUUACAAAUGUAGUGAAUGUGACAAAUCCUUUACUGAAAAUGGCUGUCUGAGAAUUCAUCAGAGAAUUCAUACAGGAGAAAAACCUUACAAAUGCAGUGAAUGUGACAAAUGCUUUACCUUCAAAGGCAGUUUGAGAAUUCAUCAGAGAAUUCAUACAGGAGAGAAACCUUACAAAUGUAGUGAAUGUGACAAAUGCUUUACUGAAAAAGGCAAACUGAGAAUUCAUCAGAGAAUUCAUACAGGAGAGAUACCUUACAAAUAGUUUGUAUGUGACAAAUACAAUACUCACAAUGUCAGUCUGAGAAAUCAUCAGUUUUUCAUACAGUAGAGAAUAUUUAUAAAUGAAGUGAACGAGACAAUCCUUUGCCAAGAUAUAUCAUCUUAAAAUUCAUUAGAGAAUACUUACAGAAGAGAAACUUUUCAAUUAUAUCGAAGGUAUGAAUCCUUUACUCUUGGCCCAUUUCCUAGAAUGUUAACAGUGAAUACUUACAGGAUACAAACUUAACUCAUGCAUUGUAUGAAGAAAUAUCUUUGACUUCCUUUCAGGUCAAAGAGAAUUUCUAAGAACUUUUUAGGGGAAAUUAUUUCUGUUGGGGAAAAUGUGGCCUGUGUUUUAUUCAUGGCAUAUUCUUGACAACACUUGAGGCUCCACACUAGAGAAUUAGUAUGAUUAUGAAAUCAUGUGAAAAUUUUCAUGCAAUGUUCAAAUCUUAAAUAAUGUCAACUAUUUUUUGUUUGAAGAAACUAAUUAUGCUGGGAGAACCUCUGAAAAUGUGAAAAGGUAGAAAGCUUUUCAUGACACCUCUUUACUUAUUCACCCUUAAAUGUUACAAGAUGAAGACAAGUUGGAAAGUCAGAAGAUAGUAUUGUGUAACACAUUCAUUGAGACAGAAAUAAUCCAUUUCAAAAGGAAACUAUUUAAGGUUUUUAAUGCAGUUCUCAAAAUAUCUAAUAAAACUGGUAACAUUCUGUAUAUUUAAUUCAAAUGAGCCAAUUCAGAAAAAUUAUACUGAAAAGAGUAUCUGGCAAACUGAGCCACCCAGACAGCAUAUUCUUUAUCCUAUAAAUAUGCUUACAGAUGUGAAGUGUGCUUCGAGAAUCAAGUAAUAAUAAUUCUUCUCAAAUGCUUGUUUCACAUUAAUAGGGU